CGCUGCAUUAAGGCAGCAAAGAGGUCGCCCUGUGAGAAAUAUACAGAGCACCAUUCUUACGCGAGUGCUAGUGCGGUAUAGACAACGGCAGGAAUAAUAAUGCUGUAACAAAUUAAAAAGUGGAGAUUAUAAAAUGGCCAACCAGAUCUGGACACCUCCCGAUAUAAGCAACAUCUGCGGAGAAUCAACGGCGCCUAUUCGACAAUGUUCCGAAGCUGGCUUCAUGUUUUUGGCACUAGUUGCUCGACUGUUUGGAAAAUCAAUUGACUCAAAGUACAAUAUUCAAACCAAUCCUUUUGCAAAAUAUCAACAAGAUGGUUACCUUAAUGGCUACGCUUUCGAUGCACACGCAAAAGGAGAGUUCAAUUUAGGAGUCACUAAACCAGGACAGGAUACAUUUGCCAAUAAUUUCGGAGCAGAAACACCAAGAAGUGGAGCAGGAAUGGAUUCAAAUUUGUAUGGGUAUAAACAGGAAUAUACUAAAAAUUACAACGCUGAACAACCGUACACUGGGACUCAAAGUUACACGACGGCAGAUUUUUAUACAGGACAAGAAUUCGAGUAUGAGUCAAAAUCUUUUGCCAAUCCCUUUGGACCGUAUUAUAUAGGAAUACAAGGCUACAACGAACAUCAUGGUUACGACAGUGAAUCAGAUUAUUCAAACAAAGUGCUACUACAAGAAACGAAGGAAAAGAAAAGAAGAAGAAAAAGGAACACUGCCGAAGAAUACGAUUUUAUAAUUGUAGGCGCGGGAUCAGCGGGAUGUGUAGUUGCUAAUCGAUUAUCUGAAGUUAAAAAAUGGAAGAUAUUGUUACUGGAAGCCGGGCCAGAAGAACCUGACGUCACGAGCGUGCCAAGUUUCGCACCUACAUUAGGCAGUUCAAGUAUUGACUGGAUGUAUCGUACGCAACCAGAAGAACUAACAUGUCGAGCGCAGAGAGGUCAAACUUGCGCCUGGUUCAGAGGAAAAUCGAUGGGCGGUUCAAGUGCUAUUAAUUAUAUGGUUUAUAUGAGAGGAAACAAAAGAGAUUAUGAUACAUGGGCGGAAAUGGAAAACUACGGAUGGAGUUAUCAGGAUGUAUUGCCUUAUUUCAAGAAAUCAGAAAAUAACCAAGACAUUGAAGCUCAUAACAUUCACUACCAUUCAACAAGUGGCCCAUUAAAUGUCGAGAGAUUUCCUUACACAGAUCUGAAUACACUAAUGUUGGUGCAAGCUUUCAAAGAAACAGGACUUGGUGUUACAGACUUUAAUGCAGAAAAUCAAAUUGGAACUGAUAUAGGACAAUCUACAGCUAAAGAUGGGGAAAGGAUGUCUACUAAUGCGGCAUUUAUACGACCGAUUAGAGGGAAACGACCCAAUUUGACAGUAAUAACUAAUGCACACGUAACAAAACUUAUUAUUGAUCCUAUUACUAAAAGUACGUCAGGUGUUUAUUAUAUAAAGGACGGAGUUACGCAGGCUGUUUAUAGUCGAAUGGAAGUGAUUUUAAGUGCCGGAGCUCUUAACUCUCCCAAAAUUUUAAUGCUAUCAGGAAUUGGCCCGAAGGAACACUUGGAAAGUUUGCGUAUACCGGUCUUAGCUAAUCUUCAAGUAGGUCGUAACCUACAAGAUCAUGUAACAACAGACGUACUAAUUAUAGAAUUAUCAAAUAAAACCUCCACCCUUGUAAGUGGUAACCAAUUAUUGGAUGAAGUUACAAAAUAUAAACAACAACAUGGUACAAAACGUGGACCCUUGGCUGCUACGGGUUCUUUAAAUGGAAUUGCUUUUAUAAAAACCGAAUACGCGAAGGAAAAUGCGCCUGACAUACAAUUUCAUUUUGACGGUGUUAACGUUCAAGAUAUAUAUAAUGAUCCAACUUCUUAUUUAGCUUCGAGAAUCUUACCCUUAUCUUUUUAUAAUGGCUUAGCUGCUAGACCUUUAUUAUUAACUCCCGAAAGCAGAGGUUAUAUAUUACUGAACCAUACAGAUCCAGUUUUUGGACAACCAUUAAUUUAUUCAGGAUUUUUCACAUCUAAAAACGAUAUAAAAACACUUAUUGCUGGUAUGAGGUAUGCAGUAAAAUUAGAAAAUACAGAAGCAUUCAGGCGAAGCGGUGCUAGAUUUAAGAGAACACAAAUUAAAGGUUGCGAACAAUUCUUGUGGGGAACUGAUGAAUAUUUUGUUUGUCUUCUAAUGCUUUAUACUUCAACUAUAUAUCAUCCAGUGGGUACUUGUAAAAUGGGUCCUGUAUGGGAUCGAGAAGCAGUUGUAAAUCAUAGACUAAAAGUUUAUGAGAUAGAUAAGUUGAGAGUUAUUGAUGCUUCCAUUAUGCCAAAAAUCGUCAGAGGUAAUACUAAUGCUCCAACUAUAAUGAUUGCUGAGAAAGCUAGUGAUAUAAUCAAAGAGGAAUGGUUAUAUGAAAAAUGAAGUAAGAAAUUGAUGCUCCAUAUUAGAAUAAGAUAGUAGAGA